AUGUUGUUCAAGAAGCGCUUGUCUGAUGUCCCGACCAUUGAAGGGUCGCAGACAAAUAACCAGCUGCUUAUGCUGCGGCUCCCAGACAAGCUGCAGUACAACUUGCUCUGUCUGAUGGGCGAGUUCGUGGGGACUUUCCUGUUUCUCUUCUUUUCUUUCGCGGGUACACAGGUGUCCAAUACCCCCAUGCCGCCACCUGGCUCCCCACCAAAUACUACUAACUUGAUGUAUUCCGCUCUUUCUUUCGGAUUCGCUUUGACGGUCAAUGUCUGGGCUUUCUACCGAGUCACGGGUGGUCUUUUCAACCCGGCGGUUACUCUUGCCCUCUGCCUGAGUGGUGGCAUGCCCCCUCUCCGGGGGUUGUGCGUAUUCCCUGCGCAACUGGUCGCCGGAAUUGCUGCAGCGGGCGUCGUGAGUGCCCUGUUCCCGGGCCCGUUAAACUGCUCGACACGACUCGGCGGUGGCGCAUCGAUCGUACAAGGACUCUUCAUUGAGAUGUUCUUGACGGCGCAGCUUGUGUUUGUCGUUAUCAUGUUGGCAGUGGUGAAGCACAAGUCCACCUAUUUGGCUCCAGUAGGAAUCGGUCUGGCUUUCUUUGUUGCAGAACUGAUUGGUGACUACUAUACCGGAGGAUCUCUCAACCCUGCUCGUUCCCUCGGACCUGAUGUGAUCAACCGCUCGUUUCCGGGAUACCACUGGAUCUAUUGGGUCGGUCCUUUGCUCGGAUCCCUUCUUGCGUCUGGUUUCUAUCAACUCCUGUGUAUCGUGCGCUGGGAGAAGAUCAACCCCGGUCAGGAUUAUAACGAGGAAGAGGUUGCUAGGAAGGAGUCGUUGAUUGGUUCGGAGCAUACCAUCACCGCCAAUGCCGCUUCCCCCUAA